AUGAAGACAUCAAGACCAGAGAUGCCUUCUUUCCAUGUCCGUCCGUCGCAGCUUAUACAAAGAGCGGUGGAUUUGAUCAAAGGUAUUCAGACAGCAACAAAACAACUACUUGACAAGCUCUCGCCACAAGAUGCCACUUUUGAAAAUGUUGUCUUAUCGAUGGCCAAGAUCGACAAUAAUAUCAAGAGCAAAGUCCAAUUUCUGGCAUUCUUCCAAGCAGUUUCGCCCUCAUUGGAGCUACGGCAAGAAUCCUCAGUCGCCAUGAGCAUGGUAGACACGGCAUACUUGGAGCUUUUUCAGGACGAAAAUCUAUUUGCAUUGGUAGAUGCUGUGCAUAAGAACUUUGAUAUGAACCAAAUGGAAAUGGAAGACCGAAAAUUUCUCGCAAAGCUUCAUUCAACAUUUAUUGAUAAUGGUCUUGGGUUGAAGGAGAAGGACAAGAAACGGUCUCAAGAGAUCUCCAAGCGGCUUGUUGAGCUUCGAGUUGCAUUCACAGAGAAUCUCAGCUUGGAUCCUGGGUAUAUAUGGAAGAAAGAAGAAGAUUUAGAGGGACUUGGUGCUGAAAGAAUUCAAGCACUUCCUUUGUGUCCCUCGAAUGGCCAGAGGGGUGUACCUCUGAAAAAGACCUAUGUGAAUGCGGUCCUUUCUAGCUGCGUUCGGUCUGCAACCCGAAAAGAGGUUUUUCUUCAAAGCCAAAGGAUAUUUCCCGAGAACACUGAGGUCUUUAAAGAGAUUGUCAUUCUUCGAGAUGAAAGGGCCCGUUUACUUGGCUUCGAAUCAUAUGCGCAUCAACAAGCACGGUCAAAGUUGUUGAAAUCUCCCCGGGACGUCAAAUCUAUGCUAGACGAACUUUCGAUGCAUCUGCGCCCCAUUGCAAAGACAGAGCUAGAAGCCUUGCAGCAAGCUCAGGAUCCUCCCGGAGGCCCCCUCCAUCUGUGGGAUUUUGACUAUCAUCACGACAAGAUGUUGCGAGACAAUUAUCAAGUCGAUCAUGAUCUGAUUGCGGAGUAUUUCCCUGCCAAUGUCACGAUUCAACAUAUGCUCGCUGUCUUCGAAACAAUAUUCGGCUUGAGAAUUGAAAGUUUGAGGUGUAUCCGAGAUGACUAUAUCUGGCAGCCAGAUGUCAAAGUCUUCAGCGUACAUGACAGACAUUCAGCUACCUUUUUUGGCUUUCUCUACUUGGACAUAUAUCCUCGUGAUGGGAAAUUUAAUCAUGCGGCCAAUUUUAACAUUUUUCCUUCCUACUCUGUUCCCGAGGGCAUAGAUCAGCCUUUCGUCUGCACGGCUUUAGUGUGUAAUGUGGCAAACCCCCCGCCUGACAAGCCCGCGCUUUUAAAACAUCAUGAGGUUAUCACACUCUUUCACGAGCUAGGCCACGCCUUUCAUGAUCUCUUGGGAAGGUCCAAGUACGCAACAUUCCAUGGCCACAGGACAGUUGCAGAUUUUGUUGAGGCGCCAAGCCAACUGUUGGAAUAUUGGUGUUGGGUGCCGGAAUGUCUGCAGCGACUCAGCUGUCAUUACAGCUACGUCUCUUCGGAUGAUAGUGAAGAUGGUGAGCGCGAUACUUUGAUGAGCUCUUCGACUCGCCCACCCAAGCAGAUUCCUCGAGGCCAUCUAGAAAAACUCGUCGAAGCUAGAUCGAUAAACCAGGGAAUUUUAACUCUGAGACAGGUCGCGUUCAGCAGUUUUGACUUGGAGAUUCACUGUCCAGCUUCCCAGGGGGCCCUCAAGUCAAUGGACAUUGCUGAAAUGUAUUACUCCCUCUUGCAAAGUGCAACCUUUCUGCAGGGCCCAGAGAAUGAUAAUCGAUGGGGACAUGGUUAUGCGACGACACCUCAUUAUAUCUGGGGCCAAGAAGCGAACUACUAUUCCUACUUGUACACCCGUGUAUUGCCAGCGAACAUGUGGUGGUCGAAUUUUCAUUUUGAUCCAAUGAGUCAGAAAGCUGGCCUCAAAUAUCGGAAGAUGAUACUCGAGCAUGGUGGCAGUCAAGAUGAGCAGACAGCCUUGAUGGAAUUUUUAGGCGGGCAACCAACAGUUGAAGUUUACUUAAGAUAUCUCUAG